GGAAGGUGGAAAGGGAGUGGUGAGAAUGAGUGUGGGAAGGAAGCCAGAGCCCCGCCGUCCUCGGUCCCAGACGCCAGGGAAAGGAGGUGGCCAGGCGCGCUCGCCCGGCUCAUGCCAGUCCCGCUCUGCCGCCUUCUGAUGCUCGCCGGGGCGCUCCGCUCCGUCCGUCUGUAGGUCCCAGAGCCCCAGCCUCAGGAGCGGCGGGGGACGACGUGAGAGGGUGGGUGGGAGCGAAAGGCGAGCAAGAGAGCGACCACCACGCUGCCUCUCACUCCCUGUUUCUAAAAACAACAACAAAGUUGCAACUUGGGUUCCUGGAUCUAAAUACCGCCCGCCCAAAGAAGAUAAACCACCAGGCAUCGCUGCACCUCUGGGGGUGCCCACCAAGACCCCCAGAUCCUUCGCUCCAGGAAGGGCCUGUUGAACAUCAGCAGAGGAGAGAUGGCUUGGAGCACAGGCUGGUGGCGCUCAGUCCUGCCCCUGUGGCUCCUCUGGGGCGCUGCCUGCUCCCUCGCGGCGUCCGGGGACGACAAUGCGUUUCCUUUUGACAUCGAGGGGAGCUCAGUGGUCGGCAGGCAAGACCCACCCGAGACCAGCGACCCCCGCGUGACACUGGGACGCCUGCCGCCGGCUGCUGAGAGAUGCAACGCUGGAUUCUUUCGCACGUGGUCAGGAGAAUGUUCACCCUGUGACUGUAACGGCAAUUCCCAGGAGUGCUUGGAUGGCUCUGGCUUCUGUCUGCACUGCCAGCGGAAUACAACAGGGGAACACUGUGAGAAAUGUCUGGAUGGCUUUAUUGGGGACUCCAUCAGAGGCGCACCCCGACUCUGCCAGCCGUGCCCCUGUCCCUUGCCCCACCUGGCCAACUUUGCAGAAUCCUGCUACAGGAAAAACGGAGCUGUUCGGUGUAUUUGUAAAGAAAACUAUGCUGGGCCUAACUGUGAAAGAUGUGCUCCUGGUUACUAUGGAAACCCUUUACUCAUUGGAAGCACCUGUAAGAAAUGUGACUGCAGUGGAAAUUCGGAUCCCAACCUAAUCUUUGAAGACUGCGAUGAAAUCACUGGCCAGUGCAGGAACUGCUUACGGAAUACCACGGGAUUCAAGUGUGAGCGCUGUGCUCCUGGCUACUACGGCGAUGCCAGGACUGCCAAGAACUGUGCAGUGUGCAAUUGUGGGGGCGGCCCCUGUGACAGCGUAACCGGAGAGUGCUUGGAAGAAGGAUUUGAACUCCCUACAGGCAUGGACUGCCCAACUAUAAGCUGCGACAAGUGCAUCUGGGACCUGACGGAUGACCUGCGGUUAGCAGCGCUCUCCAUCCAAGAGAGCAAAUCCGGGCUGCUGAGCGUGUCCUCUGGCGAUGCGGCGCAUAGGCACAUCAACGAUAUGAACUCUACCAUCCACCUCCUCAAAACAAGGUUGUCAGAGAGAGAAAACCAGUACACCCUAAGAAAGAUCCAGAUCAGCAACUCGGAGAGCACAAUGAGAAGCCUUCUGUCGGACGUGGAAGAACUGGAUGAGAAGGGAAGUCACACCUCGAGAAAGGGGAAGCUGCUUCAGAAGGAGAGCAUGGAUACAAUUGACCAAGCAACUCAACUUGUAGAGCAAGCCCACAACAUGAGGGACAAAAUCCAAGAGAUCAACAGCAAGAUGCUCCAUUAUGGAGAGAAUCAGGAACUUAGCCCAGAGGAAAUUGCUGAGAAGCUGAUGUUGGCCCAGAAAAUGCUGGAGGAGAUCCGAAACCGGCAACCAUUCCGCACCCAGCGGGAGCUUGUGGAUGAGGAAGCGGAUGAGGCCCAGGAACUGCUGGACCAGGCUGAGAAGUGGCAGCAGGUACACAAUGACACCCGCUCUCUGUUCCCUGUGGUGCUGGAGCAGCUGGACGACUACAAUGCUAAGCUCUCAGACAUCCAGGAGUCACUCACCCAGGCCCUCGACCAUGUCAGGGAUGCAGAAGACAUGAACAGAGUCAUCGCCUCCAAGCAGCGGGACCACGAGAAACAACAUGAGAGAGUGAAGGAGCAGAUGGAAGUCGUGAGCACCUCUCUGAGAACAUCUGCAGACUCUCUGGUGAUACCUCGGCUGACUCUUGAGGAACUUGAUGAGAUAAUAAAGAAUGCAUCUGGAAUUUAUGCAGAAAUAGAUGGAGGCAAAAAUGAGCUGCAAGGAAAGCUCUCCAACCUAAGUAACCUGAGUCAUGAUUUAGUCCAAGAAGCUAUGGACCAUGCAGCCAACCUUCAACAGGAAGCUGACGAGCUGAGCAGAAAUUUGCGCGGUUCAGACAUGAACGGGCUGGUGCAGAAGGCCUUGGAUGCAUCGAAUGUCUAUGAAAAUAUUGCCAACUAUGUCAGUGAGGCCAAUGAAACGGCAGAAUUUGCUCUGAAUAUCACUGACCGAAUUUAUGAUGCUGUGAGUGGGAUUGACACUCAGAUCAUUUACCACAAGGACGAAAGCGACAACCUUCUCAAUCAAGCCAGAGAGCUGCAAGCAAAGGCAGAUUCUAGCAAUGAUGAGGCAGUGGCUGACACCAGCAGGCGUGUGGGAGGAGCCUUGUGGAGGAAGGGGGCCCUCAGAGACAGGCUGAGUGACACUGUUAAGCGACUACAGGCAGCAGAGAGAGGGGAUGCCCAGCAACGCCUGGGCCAGUCCAAGCUGGUCAUCGAGGAAGCUAACAAGACGACAGUGGCUGUCCAGCAGGUCACCACGCCAAUGGCCAACAACCUCAGCAGCUGGUCCCAGAACCUCCAGACGUUUGACUCUUCUGCCUAUAACACUGCCGUGGACUCUGCUCGGGAUGCAGUACGAAAUCUCACAGAGGUUGUCCCCCAGCUGCUGGAUCAGCUUCGGACCGUUGAGCAGAAGCGGCCCGCAAGCAAUGUUUCUGCCAGCAUCCAGAGGAUCCGAGAGCUCAUUGCUCAGACCAGGAGUGUCGCCAGCAAGAUCCAAGUCUCCAUGAUGUUCGAUGGCCAGUCGGCUGUUGAAGUGCACCCCAAAGUCAGCGUGGAUGACCUGAAGGCCUUCACGUCCAUCAGCUUGUACAUGAAGCCUCCGGCAAAGCAGCCGGGGCAGGCUGGGAGCUGGGCAGCAGAUCAGUUUGUCCUCUACCUCGGAAGCAAAAACGCCAAAAAAGAGUACAUGGGUCUCACAAUCAAAAAUGAUAACCUGGUGUACGUUUAUAACUUGGGGACCAAAGAUGUGGAAAUUCCUCUGGAUUCCAAGCCUGUCAGCUCCUGGCCUGCUUACUUUAGUAUUGUCAAGAUUGAGAGGGUAGGGAAACACGGGAAGGUGUUCUUGACAGUGCCCAGCCUCAGCAGCACAGCGGAAGAAAAGUUUAUUAAGAAGGGGGAGGUUUCAGGAGACGACUCCUUGCUGGAUCUGGUCCCCGAGGACACUGUGUUUUAUGUCGGCGGGGUGCCUGCCAACUUCAAGCUCCCUGCCAGCUUAAACCUGCCCAGCUACUCAGGCUGCCUGGAACUGGCCACUCUGAACAAUGAUGUGAUCAGUCUGUACAAUUUCAAGCACAUCUAUAAUAUGGAUCCAUCUAAGACAGUGCCCUGUGCCAGGGAUAAGCUGGCCUUCACUCAGAGCCGGGCUGCCAGCUACUUCUUCGAUGGCUCUAGUUAUGCUGUGGUGAGGGACAUCACGAGGAGAGGGAAAUUUGGCCAGGUGACUCGUUUCGACAUCGAAGUUCGAACACCAGCUGAUAACGGCCUCGUGCUUCUGAUGGUCAACGGGAGCAUGUUUUUCAGCCUAGAAAUGCGCAAUGGCUACCUACAUGUGUUCUAUGACUUUGGAUUCAGCAACGGCCCUGUGCAUCUUGAGGACACAAUGAAAAAAGCCCAGAUUAAUGAUGCAAAAUACCAUGAGAUCUCAAUCAUUUACCACAAUGACAAGAAAAUGAUUCUGGUGGUGGACAGACGGCAUGUCAAGAGCAUGGAUAAUGAAAAGAAGAAAAUACCUUUCACGGACAUCUACAUUGGAGGCGCCCCCCAAGAAGUUUUACAGUCCAGGACCCUAAGAGCACAUCUCCCCCUAGAUAUCAACUUCAGGGGCUGCAUGAAGGGUUUCCAGUUCCAAAAGAAAGAUUUCAAUUUACUGGAGCAGACAGAAACCCUAGGAGUUGGUUAUGGAUGCCCAGAAGACUCUCUGAUAUCUCGCAGAGCAUAUUUCAACGGGCAAAGUUUUAUUGCUUCGGUUCAGAAAAUAUCUUUCUUUGAUGGCUUUGAAGGGGGUUUCAAUUUCCGAACGCUGCAGCCAAACGGGUUACUGUUCUACUAUGCUUCAGGGUCUGAUGUGUUUUCCAUUUCCCUGGACAAUGGGACUGUCGUCAUGGAUGUAAAGGGCGUCAAGGUUAAGUCGGCAGACAAGCAGUACCACGAUGGGCUGUCCCACUUCGUCAUUACCUCCAUCUCACCCAUGAGAUACGAACUGAUAGUAGACAAAAGCCGACUCGGAAGUAAGAACCCGACAAAAGAAAAGGUGGAACAGACUCAGACAAGCGAGAAGAAGUUCUACUUCGGGGGCUCACCCAUCAGUCCCCAGUAUGCUAACUUCACCGGAUGCAUAAGCAACGCCUACUUUACCAGGUUGGAUAGAGAUGUGGAAGUGGAAGAUUUCCAGCGCUAUUCCGAAAAGGUCCACACUUCACUGUACGAGUGUCCCAUUGAGUCGUCGCCACUGUUCCUCCUUCACAAGAAAGGAAAGAACUCCUCAAGACCUAAAACAAAUAAACAGGGGGAGAAAAAUAAGGAUGAACCUUCUGCAUGGGAUCCUGUUGGCCUGAAGUUCCCAGAGCGGAAGGCUCCGAAAGACUCUCACUGCCACCUCUCCAGCAGCCCCAGAACAAUAGAACAUGCCUAUCAAUACGGAGGCACGGCCAACAGCCGCCAGGAGUUCGAACACGUACAAGGAGACUUUGGUGAAAAAUCUCAGUUUUCCAUUCGUCUGAAAACCCGCUCCUCACAUGGGAUGAUUUUCUAUGUCUCAGACCAAGAAGAGAAUGAUUUCAUGAGUCUCUUCUUGGCUCAUGGCCGCUUGGUCUUCAUGUUUAAUGUUGGCCACAAGAAACUGAAGAUUAGAAGCCAGGAGAAAUACAACGAUGGAUUAUGGCAUGAUGUGAUAUUUAUUCGGGAAAAGAGCAGUGGCCGACUGGUCAUCGACGGCCUGCGAGUCCUAGAAGAAAGCCUUCCGCCGAGCGGGGCUGCCUGGGAAAUCAAGGGUCCCAUUUAUUUGGGAGGAGUGGCUCCUGGAAGGGCUGUGAAAAACAUCCAGAUUAACUCCGUCUACAGUUUCAGCGGUUGCCUUGGCAAUCUGCAGCUCAAUGGUGCCUCCAUCACCUCGGCCUCCCAAACAUUUAGCGUGACCCCGUGCUUUGAAGGGCCCAUGGAGACAGGAACUUACUUUUCGACAGAAGGAGGCUAUGUGGUGCUAGAUGAGUCUUUCAAUAUUGGAUUGAAGUUUGAAAUAGCAUUUGAAGUCCGUCCCCGGAGCAGUUCUGGAACCCUUGUCCAUGGCCAUAGUGUCGACGGAGAAUACCUGAAUGUACACAUGAAAAAUGGGCAGGUCACAGUGAAAGUCAACAAUGGCGUCAGAGACUUUUCUACCUCAGUAACUCCCAAGCAGAACCUCUGUGAUGGCAGAUGGCACAGAAUCACAGUUAUUAGAGAUUCAAACGUGGUCCAGUUGGAUGUGGAUUCUGAAGUGAAUCAUGUGGUUGGACCAUUGAAUCCAAAGCCAGUUGAUCACAGGGAGCCUGUGUUCGUUGGAGGUGUUCCAGAGUCUCUUCUGACGCCGCAUUUGGCUCCCAGCAAACCCUUCACAGGCUGCAUCCGCCACUUUGUGAUUGACGGUCGCCCAGUGAGCUUCAGUAAAGCCGCCCUGGUCAGCGGGGCUGUGAGCAUCAACUCCUGCCCCACAGCCUGACCUCGCAGGACUCUGCUGCCAACAAGAGCCCUUCCUAGCACUGAAAUAAACACAGAGCCAUUGGGGGCAAGGGGCAGAACUCCCUCCCCACGGAAGCUCUCACCUGGUUGAAGGGGAUUUCAAUAAAUCAGAGACCAGCCACUUCCUAUUUCUUAUUUGAAUUUAUACAAUGGGUCCAAAAUUUUUGUCUGCGGUGGACAGCAAUUGAAAAUGUGGCAGAAUGCCUUAUAUUGAGAGCCCAUGUACUUCAGCUGGCAACGUUACUGCUCCUGUCUCUAAUAAAAUAGAAGGGCUUCCAAACCA